CAUAUUCCAAUCCUUUUAUUUUCACGGAUUAAUAAACUUUUUUCUAGAAAAAAUGUCAACAAAUUCUCUUUCAACAGUUAUUUACACGCGUUCUCCUCCUUCGUUAAAGAUUCUAAAUCAACUUUUACUUCCACACAAAACAGUAUAUGAAUCAAUAACAAGUGCUCAAGAAGGUUAUGAACAAAUUAAACAGAUGAAAGUUCGUGGUGCACCAGCUAUAGGAAUAGUAGCGGCUUUAUCAUUAGCAGUAGAUCUUCUUUUACAAUAUUCAAAUCCGACUUGUCCAAUGUUUAAGGAUCAAGAAUCUUUAAAGGGUUACGUUAAAUCUUCUCUUGACCAUUUAAAGUCUUCUCGACCAACAGCAGUUAAUUUAUUUCGUGCCUCAGAUAUUUUAUGGAACAUCACAGAAAAAGAAAAUGACGUUAAAAUUAUUAUUGAGAAAAUAGUUAAAGAAGCCGAGAAAAUGUUAAUUGAUGAUAUACAAGAUAAUAAAAACAUUGGAAAAUUUGGAGCAGAAUUUAUCGCAAAAGAAAGUCAAAUUGAAAAAUUUAGCGUUGUUACUCAUUGCAAUACUGGAUCUUUAGCAACAGCAGGGUAUGGAACAGCACUUGGAAUUAUUCGGUCUUUAUAUUCUCAGAAUAAGCUUUCUCACGCUUAUUUCACAGAAACUCGUCCAUAUAAUCAGGGGGCCAGGUUGACCGCUUAUGAAUUAAUUCACGAUAAGAUAACAAGCACUUUAAUCUGUGAUUCAAUGGUUUCUGCUCUUUUAUCUUUAAAUAAAGAUAAUAUUGAAGCUAUAAUUGUUGGAGCUGAUAGAGUAGCUUCAAAUGGAGAUACCGCAAAUAAAAUUGGCACUUAUCAGUUGGCUAUCACUGCAAAAUACCAUAAUAAAAUGUUUAUAGUUGCUGCUCCAAGUACAAGUAUUGAUCUUAAUAUUAAAAGUGGAAAAGAUAUAAUUAUUGAAGAAAGAGACGGUAAUGAGAUUAUUUAUGUGAAAGGGAUUGUUGAAAAUGAGUUAGAAAUUAAAAAAGUAAGAUUGCCUCCAGAAGGUGUUAAAGUAUGGAAUCCAAGUUUUGAUGUUACACCUGCUGAAUUAAUUACUGCUAUAGUUACUGAAAAAGGUGUUUUCAUGAAAGAUAAUGAAACUAAUGAAUUUAAUUUAUCAGAGCUUUUAAAAUAAUUUUAAAUAUUUAAAAUUAUAAUUAUUUUUUUUUUUAAAAAAAAAAAU